CGUAGUUUGUCUUAGUACUUUUUUCAAUUACAUAUACAACAACAUGAGCAGUCUUUGGAUAGCAAUCGAUAAUGCUCUCUUUGUUGAAGAGAACCGGUCGCGUGUGUUAUCCCGCGAAUCCCCGGUUAUCGAAAGAGGUGGUGGUAUAGCUUAUCCUUUUGUUGUCUCUACCAUUAUGCUCUUAUAUGCAGUUAUAUGUGGUGAUAUGCAGUAUUUGCAGUAGUAGUGGGUAGGAAGGAGAGAGUAGUGGUCCGUUUCUAUGGAUACAAGAGGGAUCCAGCCGCGCUCUUCCGGUGAAAUAUGGUUGGUUAUACAACUGAGGAACUAUCAAGAAUACAU